AUGAUGCUUCCCGCAUUAGCAGGUGUUCCUCUAGGAAUUUUAUCAAAACUAGGAGUUCCUGUACCAGCUCAAAUGUACAUUGCAGUGACUGGCCCUGCUGUAACUGGGGUCACUAUCCUGUCAGUUUUUGAGAAUCGGUUCGCUUUAUUGACCGAGAAAAUUGAAUGGAGAAAAAUCAGAUUUGUUUAUGUUUUAUUAAAUUAUUUGUCCGGUCUAGCGGUUUUUGUUUAUCCAAUGUCACAGACUCCGGAUCAAAAUUCGGCGAGAAAAGAGUUGAUAGAAAACUCUCCGUGUUUUCUUGAACUAUUAGGCUCCUACACCAAUUCAAUAUUCAUAAUCACUCGCUCCCCAAUGACUACUGCAAUUCCAAUGAUUAUCGAAAUGGUGCUUAUUAUUUCUCAAGUAACUCUCAUCACUAUUCUAAUAUUUCGGUCUCUAUCAAAUCUGAAAUUCCGACUGUCCCCAAAUACUUAUCAAUUGCAACGAAAGUUCAUGAAAGCCUUGACCGUUCAAUUCAUUUUGUUCAUCACGGCUCUCGGAGCACCGGUCAGUGUAUUCACGUUUUCGAUGCUACUGGCAGACUAUGAUCAAGGUAUUAACAACUUGUGUAUAAUUGGUUUAUCUCUGAAUGGAUUCAUUUCAACGACAUCAAUGAUACUGUUGCAUCAGCCGUAUCGGGAAUGGAUUUUCGGAGUUAUGAAGAAUAACAGAGUAAAGAAAACUCCUGAUAGGAGUAUCGCACCGUUUUGA